GCUCAAGCUUAGUUGCAGUAUCAACAGCUCAAGUUUAUAUUCAUUUUAUUCACUCCAAGUAAAUAUUAAGCUCAACAUGAACUUCAAUAAGAUCUUUAUCCUCGUCGCCCUCAUUCUGGCCAUUAGCAUGGGCCAAUCUGAAGCUGGUUUGUUAAAGAAACUUGGCAAGAGAAUUGAACGCAUUGGCCAACACACUCGGGAUGCCACCAUUCAGACAUUGGGAAUUGCCCAACAGGCUGCGAAUGUAGCAGCCACUGUCAGAGGCUAAAUAUUAAAUAUAAGUUUAUAAUAAUUUAUUAAUUAAGGUUUUAUUUAUUCAAUUAAAGUUAUA